AUGGCUCCUGAACCAGCGCAGACAAUAUUGCAUAAUGCACCGGGUCAUCACGGUGACAUAGAGUCGCUCCGUAUUGAACCUUGGAAAGUUGAGCUUUCCAGCGAUUGGGAUGUCCUGGGUCCAUUUCCCAUCCACGCUCGAGAGCAACAUUUCUUGUCGCCCGCAUUUCCUCUGGUCAACCUCUCCAACCCAAUCGACUUCACGAAAUCUUGGCCCUCUUCGUAUGCUGACGAUGGCUCCGUCACAUGGAGCAAAGCCCAUUCAUCCUCUUCCGGGAACCUUAAGGUUUCAUUUCCAGAUAUUCGCUGGUCCAAUCUCCGUGCAACCGAAGGUUGGGCCGCCAUUCAACACCAUGCUGUCCUCAAGACCACAAUCACGCUUCAUCCUCCCUCUCUUGGCUCCUCCCUCUCCUCCCCUUCUACCUUUUCCGUUCAAGCUCCAGUCCCAAAUCUUCUGUUUACCCUCACUCAAGGCUCAUUUUUCGCCGUCGUGCCUCAACCUUCUGCUUCCACGUCGACACCUGAGAACCAGACCUCCUCGGACCCAGAAUGGCACGCCGGUAAUAUCUACGAUAUGCAGCGCGGGACGCCACAGAGUGUCACCCUUCCCGUCCCGCCUUCGCUGGACCGACCUGCAGUGUACGACGUGUUUGUCAGUGGGGAUUACGAGAUCCGCCUUUUUGGAGACCCUCUUGCUCAACGCUCUCCUCACCCUAUCCUCGAUAUAACCCUCACCGUCUCUCCAUCCUCCUCAAUCUCCGCCGAUCCAAGCGCAAGCUCACAGCCGGUCGAAAGGGUCGAAACACACGACGUGAUGCCUGAUUUCGUGGACGGGUGGGCGUUCGGAAAUGCGGUGGGUGUGGGUCUGAGGAGUGUAGAGGGCUGGUGGAACGUGGUGACCGUUGAGGUAUUGGGCAGCAGCAAGGGCGGUGAAAGUGACGUUGUUCAGACUGACCUGAAAGAUGUCUUUGAUUUGAAUACCCUGUACAACGUCUCUACUCACUCCUCUCAAACUUCGCCUCAGACAAGCGCCCAUCCAACCCGUCUCGCCCCAUCCCAAACACGGAUCCUUCCCCUCACGCUCACACAACUGCGCUCCCUUCCCACCUUCGUACAAUCCAUCUCCCUCAAAAUUGUCCUCAAGUCCGCGACAUCUACGGACAAAACAUCAAUGGUGAUAGAGUUGCCCGUCACUCACAUCACGGAUAAAGAUGUUGCGGAGUGGGAGGUAUCGCAAAUCAAGGCUUCCUACUUCUACGCCGAUAGCAUGCCCUCGAACUUUGGAGUAUUGCCACCUACGGAGAAGACGCCUCAAGGACAAGUUGGACCCAGGCCUUACGUCUUGGCUCUACAUGGAGCGGGCGUGGACGUCAUCGACAUGCCGUUUUGGGCAGAAGGAGUCCCAAGGCAAAGGUUCAGCUGGGUAGUCCUACCCACGGGUCGAACGGCUUGGGGACUCGAUUGGCGUGGACCUAGCGCAACCGAUGCCUGGUCCUCACUAGACGCACUCCACCAAAUUCUCUCCUUCGGGAGCUUGACCCAGAUUGCCACCUCUUCUGCACGAUCACCGGUAUGGAACGACUGGACAGCUCCUUACCGCAAUACCCAAAACAACGAAGAGUCAAAGGUAGUCGGGUAUACGGGGGAUGGGGCGCCCGGUAUAGUGGUGAUAGGUCACUCAAACGGAGGACAGGGAACAUGGUAUCUGAUAUCGAGAUGGCCUGAUAGAGUUCUUGGUGCUGUACCUGCCGCAGGAUAUAUCAAAGCGCAAAACUACGUUUCCCUCGGGAACUCAAGAUCCGCACAUUUCAUUGAUCCAUCCCUCCGCGCUAUACUCGAGACAUCCUUCACCGCAGACGACAAUGAUCUCUUCCUCUCCAAUCUCGUUGAUACGCCCAUCUUGGUUGUUCAUGGAGGAGCGGACGACAAUGUCCCUACUUGGCACUCUCGCGAAUUGGUCAGCAUUCUCAAGACAUGGAAUCCUCUUGCGAAUGUCUCGUAUCGCGAAGUCGCAGGGAAACCGCAUUGGUUCCCGACAGUAUUUCGUAACGCUCAGGUCGAAGGAUUUCUCGAUUCCCUACUCCUUCCUGACUCGAGCUUGAACUCUCCCGAGGCGUCUGUGUUAUCGGGUGAUUCGUUCACUCUUACAGUCGCCACACCACACGAGAGUGGGUCCAUGCAUGGGUGGCGCGUGCUUACCCUAGAGACUCCUGGGAGAUUGGGACGAUUGACUGUUCAUCGAGAGGGUGUUCAGCUGCACGUCAAGACAGCCAACAUCCGCACUUUUACGUUGGACAUUUCACGCUUUUGCCCACAGACAGACUUUAAACAAGACAUCUACAUCAACCGCAUCCGGUACGAGCUGCCAUUGGUACAAUCCGACCUUGCGCUCGAUACCCUUCUCGUCGAAAAUGUCGACAACCCGCGUAGAUGGAAGAUUACUCAGAUCAGUUCGAGAUCCAUACCGUUGCUACUGCAACCCCCCUCCCGCCUCGCCUCGAUUCUCAACUCCCCUGGUCCUCUCACCUUGGUCAUACCCACUGUCGUCAUCCCAUCUCGAGCUCUCUCAGUCGCCACACGACUCGCGCGCGACCUCGAUUUGUACCACAAGCUCGAUGCAGAGAUUAUCUCCGACUCGGAAGCUGAACAGAGACUUGUCGACGGGACGCUCGGGAAGGGAAACAUUGUCUUCAUAGGCUUGACGGGAGAAGGAGAGUUCGCGAGGCGCGUUCUACGCGAGGGAAAUACCCCGUUCGCUAUGGAGGACAACGACGAGCCUGUGUUGACGCUGAACGGGGAAGUCGUGGAAGGACCCUCCCAAGCUAUCCUCUUCCUCCAUCCACACCCCAAAGUCUCGGAAGCCUCCAUUCUCUUCCUGUUAGGCACAGAUGUCUCAGGGCUCGAAAGAGCAUCGCGUCUCUUCCCCAUCCGUACCGGGAUCUCGCUCCCAUCUUGGCUCAUCGUCGGCCCAGAAGCAGACAAAGUCGGCGCAGCGGGCGUGCAUGGAGCGGGGUAA